AUGCCGACCAUUCGAAGAGUCCAACCUUCGGACCUGUUCCAUUUGAACCUUUGCAACCUUGAUCCAUAUACCGAAAAUUACGAUUUGAAUUUUUACCUCACGUAUCUGAUGAGAUGGCCGUCGCUAUUUUACUGCAUUGAAGAGCACGGCCAGAUUGUCGGCUACAUUAUUGGCAAAGUCGAAGAAUCCCCUCCCCAUUUACGAGGCACCCCACAUGCUUUGCCGUGGCACGGACACGUUACAGCCUUGUCGAUAGCGCCGCAAUAUCGACGGCUUGGAUACGGGAAGCUCCUGACCGAGUCGCUGGAGAAGGCAUGUAAUCAGCAAAACGCCUGGUUUGUCGAUUUGUUCGUCAGGAAGAGCAACAAGAACGCCAUCAAAAUGUACGAGAGCAUGGGCUAUUCGACCUAUCGCACCGUGGUCAAGUACUACUCCGAUGAUCCGACAGGUGUAUCUGCCGAGGGAGAAGAUGCACUGGACAUGAGGAAGCCGCUGGAUCGAGACAAGGAUCGCAUCCAUGUGCGGGAAAAUGGAGCAAGUUUCAAAGUCGAUCCGGAGGAUGUGUUUUGA